GUCCGGACUCCGAGCAGGGCAGAUAUCAACCAUCACGCAAAGUGUCACGUCACAUUCGUUUGCUUCCAGCACGUGGCUCUCGUCGUCAUAACCCCGUUUAGACUUGGCUUUGUUCUCUGACACGGACUGUGACGAAUGGCAGUCGCGGACGAGAGUCACCCUCGGGCGCCUCGAGGCCUCCUGAGGGAUGUAUAUCAGCGCCUAUUCGAGUCCAAAGCGAGCUUGGCGAAGUUGAAGGACAACGCUAUCGCUGACCGAUUGCUCGACUAUGAGCAGGGCAAUUCGGUAUGUGUUGCAGGGAGGAGUCUUGCAUGGAAGUUAUUCCUCCUGCACCAAGAGGAGCCGCUGGAUACGUCUGCCAGUUUUGAAGUGAAGCCUCCGAUCGGCAGCCUUCGAACCUCAAGACGCGACUUUGUACGCGUCAUGCUUGAAAAGUUCAAAGCACCAGAUGGAGGCUACGCAGAAGGCUUCACCGUGCCAGGAGGGUCGACGACGGAGUUGCGCACGACCAGGAAGGUCGAUAACUUAGAGAUGAACAAUCCCUUGAGUUUGCAUGAUAAGAACCCAUGGACGGAGUGGUUUGCAUCUAUGGAACUUCGCAAGACGAUCGCGCAGGAUGUUGAGCGGACGUUCCCAGAAAUCGACUUCUUCCGCGAUGCAGAUGUUCAAGCUCAUCUCACCGACAUCCUCUUUCUCUACUGUGCAACCAACCCAGAGAUCGGCUAUCGGCAAGGCAUGCACGAGCUCCUCGCACCGAUCUACUAUGCUGUCGACUUCGACGCAUUGCCUGAAGAUGAGCCGGCCUCCACUGAGGACGCUACUCUUCGCGAGCUAUGCUCCCGGACGUGGGUCGCUGCAGACGCGUGGGCGUUGUUUAGCGCUGUAAUGCGGGGCGCUUCGCAGUGGUACGAAUGGCGCGAGCCUUCGCUGGCCUCAUCACCAAUCCAGCCGGCGCCCACGAACGGCAAGCUCGAGCUCAAGCCGUACGUCAGCCCGGUGGUACUGGCGUGCAAUCGCAUCCAGUCGACUCUCCUCCGCUCGAUUGAUCCGCUGUUGUGGGGUAAGAUACAGGGUGUGGGGAUUGAGCCACAGAUAUAUGGAAUUCGAUGGUUACGACUCUUGUUUACGCGCGAAUUUCCUCUGGGUGAUGCGAUGAGGUUGUGGGACGGGCUGUUUGCAUACGACCCUACGUUGGAGCUAGCACCAUGGAUAUGCGUAGCAAUGCUCAUCCGCAUACGAAACGAACUCAUUCCCGCGGACUAUAGUGGCCAACUGACUGCGCUUCUCCGAUACCCAAGUCCCCCUCGAACGAUAUUGGCCGACGGAUCUCUGCAUACGUCCUUACUCAUCAAGCAGGCAAUCGAGCUGCAGUCUUCUCCCUCGCCGGCGACAGGAGCGACGAUUAUGAUGCAAAAUAGAAAUAUGCUGGGUAUACCGAGCGAGGUACCCCAGCCACCACCUACACCUCCUCGACGACCUGCGCGAGGGAGGCCAAAAACGAACUCGUACUCUGGGGCGAGUCCUGCGACGUCGCAUGCGCCUCCGCGAGGUCAUGCGAGGCAGGGUUCGGCAUCGCAAUUCGGCAUACCAGAAAUGCUGGCGAAGGGACUCAUGGAGCGUGGGGAAGGGUUAGGAAUCAACAACAUCAUGAGUGCGGUUUCCGAGCUCAAGAAGAACAUCCCCGAGCUCUCUUCGCUCGUACGGCAACCUCUUUCCCCGACGGGGACUUCAUUUGCGCUGCUUGACGAGCGCACGCGGGGUUCGCGAACACCUUGGGAAGCCCGCGCGCCGCGCUUCGACGGCGAGCGGGAUUCGAUGGCCGACCUACAGGCGACGAACCAGAAAUUGGGGGAGUCGCUCGCCUGGGUGGCAUACACGCUGCAGCAGGGCGGUCUCGGCGCGCCGGCCGCAGAGGGGUCGGUCACGGACGUUGCGCAGCGGAAGGCAAAGCAGGACGCGAUGGAGUCGCUGUUGUAUGUGCGGGAUAUUCUGCUGAAAGGCGGGUGCAAGCCCAGCGAAUUGGACGAGGAGAGGUUGUAUGGGGAGGAGGAGCGGAGGCGGAGAACGGCUGCUGCUCAUGGGCGGGAUCCCAGUUUCACGCAGAGACUACCUGUGCAGUCUUCUGAAGCUGCUCCCAUCCCUGCGCCUGUUGCACCAACACCGCCUAUCCCUCGCGGGGCGUCUGAACCGAGCAGUCCAGCAACUUCGACCAUUCGGCCACCACCACUUCCCAGCUCGCAGCGCUAUCUACCCCCUGCAACCAUACCUCGUAGAGGACCUCCUGCCGGUGUGGGUGCAAGCAGGCCGGCGCUGCCGACGGCACCUCUGGCAGGGCAAGGUCGGAAGCCUGCCGAAGAGUCGGCAGCGCCAGAGCGCAGAGAUGUACCGCGAGACCCAUUGGGAGUAUUGUAGAGGGAGGACUCGGACUUGAAUAAUUCUGGAAAUGCACUGUAUCCAUAGCUAUAGUAGCCUGCAACGCACCUGCUGUCUGAGGUGACCAAUAAAGUCGAACCGUGACCGCGGACGCCGGGAGAACGCGGGGUUCACAUCUCGGGACGUCGCGGACCGGGGACAUGCG